UGGAGUAAGUUGGUGUGACAGGCAGGAGCUUAAAUACAAGCCCAUGAGGAAGCUGAGCUGGUUUCUAAUGAUAGGGCAGCAGCAGCUGCUACAGCAGCAGUGAUAGUAGAAGGAGGUGAAGGUACCGAGAGCACCAUGAAUGCACAGGUGUUUCUGAGGCGUAAUUAGAUAGCUGUGAAGGAUAAAAUACACCUCUGCGUUUUCACCUGUGAACACGAUAGCACUGAGACAGAUAAUCCGAAGGCAAAAAGGAAGAGAUCGAUCAGUCACACCAAGAGACACCAAAGUUGAAAGUAUUUUUCUUCCUGUUUUGUUUUUCUCCUGUGUGCCACUACCAUGGUCAGGAAGCCUGUUGUGUCCACAAUCUCCAAUGGAGGUUACCUGCAGGGAAAUGCUAACGGAAGGCUGCCUGCCUUGGGCAGCAAAGAGUCACCUGGGCAGGAAAAAGUGAUGCUGAAGAAGAAAAUCACUUUACUGAGGGGAACCUCCAUCAUCAUUGGUACCAUCAUUGGCGCAGGAAUCUUCAUUUCCCCUAAGGGCGUGCUCCAGAACACGGGCAGCGUGGGCAUGUCUCUCGUUAUCUGGACGACCUGUGGGGUCCUUUCACUAUUUGGAGCUUUGUCCUAUGCUGAACUGGGAACAAGUAUAAAGAAAUCUGGUGGUCAUUACACAUAUAUUCUGGAAGUCUUUGGUCCAUUACCAGCUUUUGUGCGAGUCUGGGUAGAACUGCUUGUAAUACGCCCUGCAGCCACUGCUGUGAUAUCCUUGGCAUUUGGACGAUAUAUUCUGGAACCAUUUUUCAUUCAGUGUGAAAUUCCUGAACUUGCAAUCAAGCUCAUUACAGCUGUGGGCAUAACUGUAGUGAUGGUCCUAAAUAGCAUGAGUGUCAGCUGGAGUGCCCGGAUCCAGAUUUUCCUAACCUUUUGCAAGCUCACAGCAAUUCUGAUAAUUAUAGUCCCUGGAAUUAUGCAGCUAAUUAAAGGGCACACACAGCACUUUAAAGAUGCCUUUUCAGGAAGAGAUGCGAAUAUUAUGGGAUUGCCACUGGCUUUUUAUUAUGGAAUGUAUGCCUAUGCUGGCUGGUUCUACCUCAACUUUGUUACUGAGGAAGUGGAAAAUCCUGAAAAAACCAUCCCCCUUGCAAUAUGUAUAUCUAUGGCCAUCGUCACCACUGGCUAUGUGCUAACGAACGUGGCCUACUUUACCACCGUUAGCGCCGAAGAGCUGCUGCUUUCAAAUGCGGUGGCAGUGACCUUUUCUGAGCGGCUACUGGGAAAUUUCUCAUUAGCAGUUCCGAUCUUUGUUGCCCUCUCCUGCUUUGGCUCCAUGAAUGGCGGUGUGUUUGCUGUCUCCAGGUUAUUCUUUGUUGCAUCUCGAGAGGGUCACCUUCCAGAACUCCUCUCCAUGAUUCACGUCCGCAAGCACACUCCUCUGCCAGCUGUUAUUGUUUUGCACCCUUUGACGAUGGUAAUGCUCUUCUCGGGGGACCUGUACAGUCUUUUGAAUUUCCUCAGUUUUGCCAGGUGGCUUUUUAUUGGGCUGGCAGUUGCUGGGCUGAUUUAUCUGCGAUACAAACGCCCAGAUAUGCACCGUCCUUUCAAGGUGCCACUGUUCAUCCCAGCGUUGUUUUCCUUCACAUGUCUCUUCAUGGUGGCCCUUUCCCUUUAUUCAGAUCCUUUUAGUACAGGGAUCGGCUUCAUCAUCACUCUGACUGGGGUCCCUGCAUACUAUCUCUUUAUUAUCUGGGACAAGAAACCCAAGUGGUUUAGAAGAAUGUCAGACAGAAUAACCAGAACAUUACAAAUCAUACUGGAGGUUGUACCAGAAGAAGAUUGUGAUAAACUGUGAACUAAUGCAUUCCAAUCCUGGGCAACAUGGCCUUAUUUCUGUCCAAGGGCUGAAAUACAACUUGGAUCUUUACAUCAUUUUCUGGAAAUCCAGAGAAUUUCAAACUUUGGUGAUGGACAAAAGGAGUCAGUUCUUCCUAUCUGUAUCUUAUAGAGUAUUCAAACUGGUUUCUAAGAAAUUUAGGUAUAGCAAUGUGUAGUUAUAGAAAGCUGACAUGCAAUUGUACCACAAGUUCAUAUAAUUCUUGAGAGUCUCUGAUGCCAACUUGUUGGGGUUAGGGAAGAUGACUAAGGGAAUGGACGACCACUUUAAUGAUCAUCUUAUCAUGGCUGAGAACCUUCAAAUUGAAGACUGAGUUAUGUUUUAUAUAUAUGGGUACUGUAAACAUGAUUUUACAUACUGUAGAUAGCUAUACUGUGAAAAGUGUUUUCUGUUCUUCUGGGAGGAAAAAGCAUAAGUCAUCAUUAUGGCAAGGAAGAAAGAAAUUUACUUUUCAUUAGCGUUACAGUAUUUCUGCUAUAUAAACACUCCUGUUUAGAUAUCGCUUAUCUUUUUAACGGGUUAUACUCUGAGCAUUUUGAACAAAGGAGAGAGGGAAAAAUUCCUGGUUCUCUUGAACACAUUAAAGAAGUGCCUCCAGGGGCUCUUGUUUAUGAGAGAAAUCCAGGAAAUGUGCUUAAAUAAAAAUCCUUGGAAUUUAUUAUAAUCUAAUAAGUAUAUUACAUGUUUUCAUUAAUUAUCAGGAAGUCCAUGGUUAGGUGCCAUUUUGUUUCCAUGUCAGUAAAUUUGAUUAGGAAAGGAUAUAACACUAUGCCUUUUCCUAGAGCAAUAGUCAGUUUGGUAUUAAAUCCUCUUCAGAAAAACUGCCUGUUUCACUAAUAAUUUAUCACUUGAUAAAUAUAUCUAAAUAUGUACAUUUUUUAAUCUUUAAAUUUCAAUGUCAGCGUGAGAAAAAUCACCAAGAAAGGACAUGCCCAAAAUAUUAUGUCCAUCAUGGUAAUCAUCUAUGUUCACUGUUCGUAAUUCUGAUGUACAUUUUUUAAAUUUCAUAACUUUUUACAGAGAGAUGAAUUUUGACAGUUUAUAUAUUUCCUUUAUACAUUUUAUAUUCUGUUAAAACAUCCUGUCAGAAAACAACUGUCCAUAUCAAUUAGGAAAAUGCAUAUAUUUAGGUAAGAAUUGAGAAAAAAUGUCACAGCUAAAUAAGAUUUACAACUGAGGUUUCUAAAAACUUUCCACUUCCGUAUCUAGGCUUUGUCAGUAAUUUCCAUACCUUCAUUAUCAUUCAACUUGCAAAAGAGAUAACUGGUAACAAUUCAUUGGAAGAAGAAGAAACAAUGCAUAAGUAUGUGUCUUCAGACAGGUGUUUUUACAUGAGGGUGAGAAAAAUAUUCUGAAAUUUUCAAAUGAAAGUAAUAGAAUGAUGAAGUUUGUUAACUAUUAUUUAUAUACAUGUCAGAUUAAAUGUCUAGUUAUGGCCAGAGCCUGUUUCAUCCUUUAAUUUUGGUCCAUUUGAAAAUGAGGAUUUUUGAAAGAAUCUAUUUAUUAAGAAUUUAUUUAUUUAUUUUUUUAAUUUUUGGUUUCGAAUAUCACUUGAAGGAGCCCUGGUG